CUCAGCAUGGCUCGCCUAAUGCUCGGUUUGGUGAUCUGUGCCUUCUUUCUAGCCGUGAAUGGUCUAUAUUCCUCUAGCGAUGAUGUAAUCGAAUUAACUCCAUCAAAUUUCAACCGAGAAGUUAUUCAGAGUGAUAGUUUAUGGCUUGUAGAAUUCUUUGCACCAUGGUGUGGCCACUGUCAAAGGUUAACACCAGAAUGGAAGAAAGUAGCCACUGCAUUAAAAGGUGUUGUAAAAGUUGGUGCAGUUGAUGCAGAUAAACAUCAGUCCUUAGGAGGUCAGUAUGGUGUUCAGGGAUUUCCUACCAUCAAGAUUUUUUCUUCCAACAAAAACAGACCUGAAGAUUAUCAGGGCGGCAGAACUGCCGAAGCCAUUGUGGAUGCUGCUCUCAGUGCUGUGCGGCAGCUUGUGAAGGAUCGCCUGGGGGGACGGAGUGGUGGAAAACAGGGCAGAAGUGAAGGUUCAAGUAAGAAAGAUGUGAUUGAACUGACAGAUGACACUUUUGAUAAAAAUGUCCUUGAUAGUGAAGACGUUUGGAUGGUUGAGUUUUAUGCUCCUUGGUGUGGACAUUGCAAAAACCUAGAGCCAGAAUGGGCUGCUGCUGCUACUGAGGUAAAAGAGCAAACGAAAGGAAAAGUGAAACUAGCAGCUGUAGAUGCUACAGCUAAUCAGAUGCUAGCCAACCGAUACGAGAUUAGAGGAUUUCCUACAAUCAAGAUUUUUCAGAAAGGCGAGUCUCCUGUGGAUUAUGAUGGUGGUCGGACAAAAUCCAACAUAGUGUCACGGGCCUUAGAUUUGUUUUCUGAUAACGCUCCACCUCCUGAGCUGCUGGAGAUAAUUAAUGAGGACAUUGCCAAGAAGACUUGUGAAGACCAUCAGCUCUGUGUUGUGGCUGUGUUGCCCCACAUUCUUGAUACUGGAGCUGCAGGCAGAAAUUCUUAUUUGGAAGUUCUUCUGAAGUUGGCAGAAAAAUACAAAAAGAAAAUGUGGGGGUGGCUGUGGGCAGAAGCUGGAACCCAGUCUGAACUUGAGAAUGCUCUGGGGAUUGGAGGAUUUGGAUACCCUGCAAUGGCAGCUAUUAAUGCCCGCAAGAUGAAAUUUGCUCUUUUAAAGGGAUCUUUCAGUGAACAAGGCAUUAAUGAGUUUCUCAGGGAGCUCUCUUUUGGGCGUGGCUCUACAGCACCUGUAGGAGGUGGGGCUUUCCCUAAAAUAAGUACAAUAGAACCUUGGGAUGGCAAGGAUGGUGAGCUUCCUGUGGAAGAUGAUUACAUUGAUCUCAGUGAUGUGGAGCUUGAUGACCUGGGGAAAGAUGAGCUGUGAGACGCACAGCAUUAAAUGCCGUUUUCAUUCUUGGGAGCGGAUUCUUCCAGCAGUGAAGGAACAUUCAGAUGAAUCUACCAGUGGCCUUUUUAACCAAGAAGUAUCACUUGAUUGGUCAUUUGAAAACACUGCAGCCGUGAAUUUUUGCAUCUCAAGAAAACAUUGAAAAAUUCUAUGAAUUGUUGUAGCCAGUGAAUUGGAUUGUAUUCUGUCAAAUAAUAUUUUGAAGAAAACUGAUGGUUUGUUGAAAUAUUUUUUUCUGUCCCUCUUAACUGCUGCUUGAAUGUUCUGUGAGGCAGUUUCCUAUAUGUGUUUUUUAAUGUGAUCCCUUAAUUUGAAUAUUAAUGGAUUUUCCAUUAAUGAAUAUUUUAGACAAUGC